AUGCAGGCGGGGACCCCAGAACGACCAAAGGACAACAACGGUCACUCUCAAAGCUCUGCAUUGCUCGUGACCUUCUUCUUGGUUUCCUUUCUUCCCCUUCGCAUACUUGUCACGGUUAUAUGUAUGCCUGACUUCAAGCUUUCCGCGUCCCUUGAGGGCCACGGCGACGACGUUCGUGCCGUGGCCUUUCCCAACCCAAAUGCAGUCUUCUCAGCAUCGCGCGACGGUACCGUCCGGCUCUGGAAACUUGUUUCUUCCUCCCCUCCUACAUAUGAUUACACCAUCACCGCACACGGCCAGGCGUUCAUCAACUCCUUAGCCUACUUCCCUCCUACACCCGAGUUUCCCGAAGGUUUAUCUCUCUCUGGUGGUCAGGAUACUAUCAUCGAAGCCCGACAGCCUGGCAAGACGGCGAGUGACAAUGCAGAUGCGAUGCUACUGGGCCAUGGUCAUAACAUCUGUGCAUUAGAUGUUUCCCAUGACGGCGGUUGGAUUGUCAGUGGUAGCUGGGACUCUACCGCUCGUCUCUGGAAUGUUGGACACUGGGAAACCGAGAAGGUACUUGGCGAACAUGGAGGAAGCGUCUGGGCCGUGCUGGCCUAUGAUAAGAACACCAUAAUCACUGGUUGCGCCGAUCAAAUGAUUCGCAUAUUCGACACCUCUGGCAAUCUCCGAGGAAGCGUUAAGAACUCCAAUGACGUCGUCCGCGCUCUUUGCAAGGUCCCACCCUCGAACCCAACCGGCGCACAUUUCGCAUCAGCCAGUAAUGAUGGAAUCAUUCGACUUUACACUCUGGAGGGCCGUCUUGUUGCUUCUCUACAUGGACAUGAGAGCUUUGUCUACUCGCUUGCUGCACUUCCCUCUGGAGAGUUGGUGAGCUCCGGCGAGGACCGCACUGUGCGUGUAUGGAAUGGAACCCAGUGUGUCCAAACCAUUACUCACCCUGCGAUCUCAGUUUGGAGCGUUGCAGCAUGCAGUGAGAAUGGUGAUAUUGUUACUGGUGCUAGCGAUCGGAUUACCCGUGUCUUCACCAGGAGUCCGGACCGUGUCGCGGCCCCGGAAGCCGUACAACAAUUCGAAGAGGCCGUUAAAGGCUCUGCUAUCCCAGCGGAGCAAGUCGGUAAGAUCAACAAGGAGCAACUCCCUGGCCCCGAAUUCCUCCAGCAAAAGUCAGGUACCAAGGAGGGUCAAGUUCAAAUGAUCCGUGAGACGGAUGGCAGCGUCACCGCUCACACCUGGUCGUCUGCCACGCAAGAGUGGAUUGCCGUGGGUACAGUUGUCGAGUCUGCAGGAAGCAGUGGACGCAAAACAGAGUAUCUUGGACAGGAUUACGAUUAUGUAUUCGACGUCGACAUUGAGGACGGAAAGCCGCCCCUCAAACUCCCAUACAAUGUCUCUCAGAACCCCUAUGAAGCAGCCACAAAGUUCAUUGGGGACAACGAGCUGCCCAUGUCAUAUCUCGACCAAGUCGCCAGCUUCAUCACACAGAAUACCCAAGGUGCUACCCUUGGUCAGGCUGAGGAGCCCACUCCUGCUGGCGGAGACCCUUGGGGCACUGAGCGACGAUACCGACCCGGCGAUGCGGCCAAUGAAGCAGCCCAGCAACCCAUUCCCGAGCCACGACCUCAGGUUCUCCCUCAAAAGACCUAUCUCUCAAUCAAGUCUGCGAAUCUGAAAGUGAUUUCAAAGAAGCUCCAGGAAAUCAAUGACAAGCUUCUUUCCGAGGGUCCAAAGGAAGUUACUCUAACUUCAUCCGAGGUGGACGCUCUUGCCGCCCUUUGUGGUCAACUGGAAUCGGGGAAGCAGUUAGCCGAUUCACCGAUCCUUGAGAACGGGGUUCCACUGAUCUUCAGAAUUGCUACUUCGUGGCCUGUUGCCAACAGACUUCCGGGGCUGGAUCUCCUUCGCCUGCUGGCUGCCGCUGCACCCUUCGUUGCCACCACGGAGUACAAUGGCGACAACCUCGUUGCGGUCCUGCUAGGAAGUGGAAUAUUCGACGCUCCCCUCAAUGCGAACAAUGCAAUGCUUUCCGUUCGCACCUUUGCCAAUUUAUUCGAGACUACUGCGGGUCGGGACUUGGCUAUCAGCUCUUUCGAUCAGAUUCUAGCCGGUGUGAGAUCCGCACUGUCGAAUGCUGCUGACAACCGGAACCUUACUAUUGCCGUCACGACUCUGUUCAUCAACUUUGCCGUCUACAUCACAUCGGACGGCAGAGAGAAUUCUCCCGGCUCUGCUGAGAAGGCCCUUGUUCUUCUCGAGGACUUGACUAAGAUUAUCGCCAACGAAAAGGAUUCUGAGGCGAUAUACCGUGGCCUCGUCGCAGUGGGUACCUUGGUCAAGGCUCUGGGAACUGAGGUCAAAAGUGCUGCAAAGGAGGUUUACGAGAUCGACAGAGUCCUGUCCCGGGUUUCUGGAUCUGGUCCCGGAAAGGAGCCACGUGUCAAGGGGAUUAUCGGUGAGAUGAGAGAGGCUCUGUAA